ACGGGACCCGGUCACUCGCGCACUUACACUCCAUUACAAGAUGCAGUGCUUCAUUUGUGUCACCUACAUGAUCAUACUGUGCACCGCGCAGCCGGCCAGAGAUCGGCCGGAAGCGACCCACGAAAAGCGAUCUCUUUUCAGGGACGUCAUCGAAUCCUUACGAAUACGAUCACAGCUGCCUGAAGAAAUCAAUCACAGCGAUGACAACAACCUGUUUCAAAAUUAUGACAGGUACGGCUUUGACAACGAACCACCAGAACUUCCAAGCGAUGCAGAUUUUAUACCGCGACGAAAUGAUCGUAUCGAAAUGCCUACGCUGAAAUACAGAUUCCCCAAAAGUAUCCAGCCAAAUGGAAGCGAAAUUAAAGUAGAAAACAAAAAAGAAGACAUAGUUAUCUACGUGAACACACCGUCAGAAAGAUCGGAACCCAAACCCACGACAAACAAACCAAAAAAGGAACCAAAACCAAAUAGUAAAGUGAAUUUUGUAAAACAAAAUGAAAAUGAUGAAGAUAUGACAGAGGUGGCGAGCAGCUUGAUAGAGGAUAGCUACAGACCUGUAAUAAAUAAAAUGGAAGAUGCAAGUCAAAUCGGAAACAGAGAAUAUCAAACAGUAAUCAAACCAACCGUAAUUGUGAAUUUCCGCGGCACAGUCAGCCACAGAGACAGCGAGAUAAGAUUGGAAAAGAGGAAUAAUCCCAAAAGGAAACAAGAUCUGGAUUCUGCGCGAAACAUAUUUAAUAUCAAUCAAGAGAUAAAAUUAGAACGUCCUAAUGGUACGAUAGAUGUGGAAGCAUUGAGACACCUGAACAGCGCAGUGAAGCAAGGCGUCAACGUACUCUCAGAUAAUGCGAAGGAGAAAGUGAACGAUGACAUGACGUGCGAGACGUUCGCAGCACACGCAACGCACGAGGCACACGCAGCAACGGAGACCGAGCGCAGCGGGCGGGACGAAGGAGACGACGACGAUAAUAUCCUACAAAUUGUAGUAACACUUUAA